AUGGCGGCCAAGUCCCCUGCAUCCUGCGCCGGGCCGCCGCCCACGGCGACCGCGGUCGUGGAGCCCGUCGCGAUGGGCGAUAGUGUCGCCGUAGACUGUCUCCUCCAGCCGGCCAAUAGCUGGAGGAGGCAUGUGUAUCCCCUGAAAACUGUCUUGUCGCAGAUCGCACUCGAGAUAGAAAAUGCGUUGGCGCGGCCUGCGCGCGUCGUCGCGUUCGCGUUGCAUCCCGAGGCGAAGCGUGGUCCGCACGCCCCUUCCAGCGCGCCUCUCGCCCUCACCUCCGACUUGCAGUCUCUGGGGGCGACGGCAGGGGGGCACUUACUCCUCGAAGUCGCGCUGCGGAGGACGGAUGAGGACGAUCAGACAGCCGCAAAGGAGGAAGCUGGCCUCGGCUCUAAAGAGGGCGACAUGCAGAGACCGCCGCGGCACGCCGGCUGUUCCAUGAAAUGCACUCCCUGCGCCCGCGCAGAGGACGCGCACGAUACAGAGGAGCUUGCCAUCGGCAGAUCGCCCCCCGCCCGUUCCAAGCUCAUCAAUCCGCUUCUCAGGCUGGCCAUGGAGAGAUGGAAAGCGGUUUCUCAGGGUAUCGCUCGUCUUCUGCCUACUCGUGCCCUGCCCUCGCAUGCAUCCCAGCCACCUUCUGAGCACGUCCUCAGCCCGAUCACCAGAUAUGGGGAUAGAGUUAGAUGCGCUUCAUCAUAUCUCGCGCGCGUUCUCCGCCAGCCUCCGCAUAUGGAGAUAGAGUGA